ACCUUCCAUUGCCCGCGAAAGCGCUGCACUUUAAAGACUUAACAAUGCAGCUUCUGUUGCUGCUACUUAGACUUCUAACAGCUAUCAAGCUGUUCGAAGCCCAUUUGGUUCGCCAACGGAGUACAGACCCCAACCCCAAGAUGCAGGAUUGUAUCAGUCGACUGCACUUGCAGGGCGUCAAUCUGACUAAGGUGGUUGAGUGCAUGGCGCGUUCUGCCAACCGCACGGCAUUCUUGGAGGAUACACUGUGGAAGCUGGACCUGUUGGAGCGCCGUCUGUUGAGGCUGGAGGCCAUGGAUGCAGGUGAGGUUUAUGUGCCGACACCCUACGUGAGCAUAGACGAUGUGCUGAAAAUUGAAGGCAGCGUUGCUGGCUUUGAUUGCCAAGCUAAGCAGCAUGUCGUGCAGGCCAUACGCAGAAAACUGGAGCAAGUUCAUAUGCAAAAUGGCAUGGAGAGCACACUGUUUCGGUGGCCCUUCACUAAGAUGCGAGAAGCUAAGGACUUGACUAAAGAACCUAUUCUCAUGGGCGGAACAGCAAUCGACGACUUUCCAGACAAUGAGAUUAACGAGAUUGGCUGCCUUAUACGACGGGCUGUAGAGCGGCGGACCAAAGCGUUGCCUGCGGAGGCCAUCGAAGAAAACAAAAAUUCAAAGCACUAACUUCCAUUUGAGGCCCAUCAUAAUACCUGUCUCAAUUGAAUAAAUUGUAUAGGCACCAACUUGAAAUUGUUAAUAAAUGUAACACACUGACCAGCUGUUGUACAGGUGCCCACACAA